AUCCUCAAUAAGUGUAGCUAGGAUUAAUGGCUUUGAUGGGCUAGACCUUUGUGGCAUCGAACCGAGCACGAGCUUGAACAUGACAGUUUUUGGAACCCUCUUGGAAGAGUGGCGAGUAGCCACAGAUUCCGAGGUGAAAACAAAGAACAAGCCAAGACUGCUCUUGGUGAUGUUGGCACAUCCUAGGCCGAGUUUGCACUCGGUGAGUUACCCGAUUGACGCGAUGAAGAAUAAUUUGGAUUGGGUUCAUAUAAAAUCAUAUGACUGUUCUAUGCCAACAAAGACUAAUAUCACUUUCCCUCAAGCUGCUUUAUAUGACCCUUCAAACCAAGGUAUUAACACCAACAAUUCACUCCAAGAAUGGCUAGACAGAGGAUUUCCUCCUAGUAAGCUUGUCUUGGGCUUGCCUUACCAUGGCUAUGCGUGGACCCUAGUGGACCCCAAAGACGAUCCAAUUGGCGCGUUUGCUUCCGGUCCAGCAGUUACCGCAGAUGGGUCCAUGGCCUAUAGAAUUGGGAAAAAUUGGAUUAACUACGAUGAUGUGGAGGCCAUCAGGGCCAAAGUUUCUUAUGCAAAGAAGAUGGGACUUCUCGGUUACAACGUGUUUCAGGUCGGCAACGAUGACGACAAUUGGGCGCUCUCUAGGGCAGCACAAGAGGAACUAGAUGGAAAUCAUCAACAAAACAAAAAACGAUUAUUGACUAUUGCUCUGGUAACAGCUGCUAUGCUUUUUCUCUUGCUCGGUACCGUCAUCUUUUGUUUUACACGAAGGAGAUUCGACUCAACAUGGAUUAGGAAAGUCCUCAAAAGUACGCUUUAUAGAACAAUAACUGGUUCAGAUGCUCGAGAUCUUAACAGCAAUACCCCUACGAAAGUAUUAAGCUAUGCGAGUAUCAAAGUAGCUACAAAUAACUUUUCAAGUCAAAAUAAGCUUGGAGAAGGUGGAUAUGGACCUGUGUACAAGGGUAAGUUUGCAAAUGGGCAAGAAAUGGCAGUAAAAAGACUUUCAAAAACAUCAAACCAAGGCAUUGAAGAGUUCAAAAACGAGGUUACACUUACUGCGAACCUGCAACAUGUAAAUCUAGUAAGAGUUCUCGGAUAUUGCACUGAGAAAGAAGAGAAAAUGCUCAUCUAUGAAUAUAUGCCAAAAAAGAGCUUGGAUUUCUACCUCUUUGACCCAGCAAGAAGGCAUAUUUUAGACUGGCAGAAACGUGUUAAUAUCAUUGAAGGGAUUACUCAAGGGCUGCUAUAUCUCCAAGAAUACUCAAACUUUACAGUAAUACACCGAGAUCUAAAAGCGAGCAAUAUUUUGCUAGAUGAUGAAAUGAAUCCAAAGAUAUCAGACUUUGGUAUGGCUAGAAUUUUCAGAAAGGAGGAACAUGAGGCAAAUACGGAUAGGAUUGUUGGAACACUAGGCUAUGUUCCCCCUGAAUAUGUAAAAAGAGGCAUAUAUUCAAUGAAAUAUGACGUUUAUAGCUUCGGUGUUACGCUUCUUCAAAUCAUUAGUGGCAGGAGAAAUACAUGUCUAUAUGGUUUAAAUGAAAAUUUAAACCUCUUAGAAUAUGCAUAUGAGCUGUGGAAAGAAGGUCAAGGCGUGCAGUUCAUUGAGUCAACACUAGAUGAUUCAUCUUCGACUUGCAAAAUACUAAGAUGUAUGCAGAUAGCUCUAUUAUGCGUGCAGGAAAAUCCUAUUGAUCGGCCGUCUAUGUUGGCGGUUUCGUCGAUGCUCAAGAGCGAAGCCGACGCCAUUGUUACCCCUAAGAAGCCUGCCUUUUCAAUUAAAGAAGAAGAUGGUGAACAUUGUAAGCUAAAAGUGAGGGAUGAAACUUGUUCAUUCAAUGAUUCAACAAUUUCCCAAGUGGUACCUCGUUCAUGAGACAAGCUGCUGUCUUGGUUGGACAUAUAUUACAUGUAAAUGAGACUUUUCCGGAUGUUGUUAUUUUUUUUAAAGUGAAUUAAAAUGACGAUAGAUGUGUUAAAAUCAAC